ACGCAGGCCCCUUCCUUUUAUUUCGAUCCCUUGCUGUCUCCAUCCCAUCUGAACCAGAGGAGAAGCCGGCAAGUGGGGCGUGUGCAGAUGCAAUCAGCCCGGCGUGCUCAGCGCCGUGUGCAAAGGGCGCCACACCUGAAGGUCCUCUGGCUCGGCGGGGCCUCUCCUCCCCGGUGCUGGCGGCAUCCGCCGCAGGUGCCUCCGCACCGGCCUGGGCGCGGCCCGCUCCCCGCCCUCGCUCGCGGCGCCGCCGCAGUGCGCCGAGCCGCUGCUCCUCGCCGCCCGCGCCCCGCAGCCCUGUCCUCCGGCUCCCUCCUGUCGCCACCAGCAGCCCCAGGCUCCGCCAUGGGGAAUGUGCCAUCCGCGGUGAAGCACUGCCUCAGCUACCAGCAGCUUCUCCGGGAGCAUCUCUGGAUCGGGGACUCAGUGGCAGGGGCGCUCGACCCCGCGCAGGAAUCAUCUCAGUUUUCUGGACUCCCUGAGUAUGUUAAAAUAGUAGAAGUUGGACCAAGGGAUGGAUUGCAGAAUGAAAAGGUUAUAGUUCCUACAGAUAUAAAAAUUGAAUUUAUCAAUCAACUUUCCCAAACUGGCUUGUCUGUAAUAGAAGUGACCAGCUUUGUGUCUUCCCGAUGGGUUCCACAGAUGGCUGAUCACACUGAAGUGAUGAAAGGCAUUCAUCAACAUCCAGGCGUUCGAUAUCCUGUCCUUACUCCUAAUCUUCAGGGUUUUCACCGUGCUGUUGCUGCUGGAGCCACUGAGAUAUCAGUUUUUGGUGCUGCAUCUGAAUCCUUUAGCAAGAAGAAUAUUAACUGUUCUAUUGAAGAAAGUAUGGAGAAGUUUGAGGAGGUUGUUAAGUCUGCAAGGCACAUGAACAUUCCAGCACGAGGGUAUGUGUCUUGCGCCCUGGGCUGUCCAUAUGAAGGAGGCAUCACGACGCAGAAAGUGACAGAAGUGUCUAAGAGAUUGUAUGGCAUGGGCUGUUAUGAGAUCUCGCUGGGAGACACAAUUGGAGUGGGAACUCCAGGAAGCAUGAGAAGAAUGUUGGAAAGUGUCAUGAAAGAAAUCCCACCAAGCGCUCUCGCUGUUCACUGUCAUGACACAUAUGGACAAGCCCUAGCAAAUAUCCUUACGGCACUUCAGAUGGGGAUUAAUGUGGUGGACUCUGCAGUAGCGGGAUUAGGUGGCUGCCCUUAUGCAAAAGGUGCUUCUGGGAACGUAGCCACUGAGGAUUUGAUAUACAUGCUUCAUGGCCUAGGGCUCCAUACAGGUGUGAAUCUUUACAAAGUGAUGGAAGCUGGUGACUUUAUCUGCAAAGCCGUGAAUAAAAGCACAAACUCCAAAGUAGCACAGGCCUCCUUCAAGGCUCGACUUGAAAGAAUCUGUGACUGAGGCUGAGAAGAUCCAUUGCAGCUCCAGAUCUUCAUCUGAAAAUCAUUACUGUCAACUCAUUCUGAAAUGUGAAGUAAUAGACACGAGUGGGAGAAAAAAGAUUAGAAAGAGUAUAACUGGAUAGAUUACAAAGCCAACGGAAAGCAAUACUAGUUAUCAGGUAAACUGCAAGCUGAGGCUAAAUAAUAAAAUUUGUCGACAUGCUUUUGAACUUGGAGAAGAGUCUACUCUUUUGCUCUCAUAAAAAUAACUUUUUAAUUUAGUAGACAUGAAAACUGACUUUAGAUUUCCCUAAGUAUCAAAUACCGUGUUAAUACUUAAUCAAGCUGGCUUAGCACAGUGUAUAUAUUGUCAGUAGUUUAUGAGCUCCUGCAUAGUGUGCAAAGUGUGUGGCCUCGAUAUUAUGUGUUAUGCCUCUGGAUCUCAACUUUACAUUUGCCAAGUCAGUGAAAUUAUGGACCAAGCGCCAAAUCACCAUCUGACCCUACGUAACUUUUUGCAACAUAACUUUUAUAUUUCAAGUGUGGCUAACAUCUGUUAACUAUUUCAAUGACUUUAUCUUGUUCCAAGAGGCUGUGGUCAAUGGCAAGAUGCCAUAUCCUGGAAACAUAUUACAACCUCCCAACCUCCAAUGUUUGUUACAUGCAUCCAGUUUACCAUCCUUUCCCUUUCAUCAGUUAUAGUAAAAACCAGCAUGGUGUUACUCAACUAUUGAGAAAUAUAAGGUACAACUUCAUCCUGAUGUCUAAGUUGCAGUGAUGAGAAUAGAUGUAUACAUAUACCAUAAUCCAUGUUUGUCAUUUCCAGAUCACUUCCAAAUUGUCCUAGGAAAUGUCACUGUGAGUCUGGGAAUAUUAAGGCAGUUUUUAAUUCGUGAAAUAAACUCUAUUCCAUUGA